UCUCUGACAACAGCUGCUCGAAUUGCACCACCCCUGCAUGAAUGAUGAACCACGCCACGCUUGCAAUUCACAUUCCUAACGUUGCUUUUCCCCUAAAACGUGAAGGGGGGAAAAAAUGGUCUUCGAGGAUUUCAAAUUCUCUGAUUUGAACUACCAAUAAUCUCACCCAAACAAUGCUAUGCAUCCGUUUCUUUUGAAAAACAGCAAGUAUAGGAGUCUCUAUCUGCUUGCCUGGAGAAAUAAUGGGUAGCGACGGACAGCUUUUGGUGGUGUGCGGUGACAAAAGCAUAGGUUUGGGGUUAAAGAUUUUGGACAUGAGCACAGGAGAGGAUCUUCUGCACCUACCAAACUGUGCUUCACCUUCGAGUGGGUUGAUUUGCUUAAGGGGCCAGUUCAUUGCAGCGUCGCAAAUUAACAGACACGGAUCUGUUGGUGGUGGAGCCAUUGGCAUCUGGGCGUUGAACAAGCCUCAACAACCUCUUUGGAGCUACCCAUUGGAGGCCAUUGGACCGCUUUCUUGCACUAAGGACGGCACAUAUCUUGCUGGAGGAGCUUUCUCGGGGAAUGCUUACCUUUGGGAUGUGACUAGCGGAAAAUUGCUCAAGACUUGGAGGGCUCAUGCUAAAACUUUGAACCGCGUGUUAUUUUCUGAUGAUGAUUCUCUCCUAAUUUCUAGUUCUGAUGAUGGCAUGAUAUGUGUUUGGUCUUUAAUUAGUUUGUUAGAUGUGGAAGGAACUGGAAGCUCUCUUUCUUUAUUACAUAGCUGGUCAGCGCAUGAGUCCACCAUAACAGGUCUCUUAACCACAUCAGGCAAUUACUUUCCAGUUUUAGUAUCAAGUUCCCUCGAUGGAACUUGCAAGGUUUGGGACUUUAUCUCAGGACGUCUUGUGCAAUCUCUUGUUCAUCAUUUGGCAAUAACUUCCAUUUUUCUUUACCAAGGAGAGGGGAUUUUGUUUUAUGGAUCAGUAAAUGGACAUGUAAUUGGCAAAAAGCUUGAUGUAGGUGUGGAGGAAGAACCUUCCAGUAUUGCAUCAGACCAAUUACUUGAACUGAAAGGACACAGUGGAACUAUAACUGCCCUCACCUCAGGUCAAGCUGGCCUAAUAUCUGCCUCUGAAGACAACACAAUCUGCAUCUGGGAUGUCAUUAACUUGACAGUUAUUCAAAGGAUUGAUGUCGAAAAAGGGAAAAUAACUAAUCUGGUGGUUGUUCAGCGGUCUUCGAUGCUCUCUACAUCAAACCAUAGGAGAGCUUCCAAUCAGUAUACUGUCUCUUCUCUCGACAAGUAUCCUCAGCUGAUCAACUCAUCGAAGGAAAAGGGAACUACAACUCUCCAUUCCUUAGAAUGCCCCCAGCAAAUGUCUGAUGGGCAGAAAGUGAACAUGCCUGUAGACAUGGCCAUGCAAAUGAAGGUGGAAACAAGUAUGGAAAAUCGUGUCUGGGCAACGAAGAUGGCAAAGCAUGUGAUGGACAUAAAUAAAUACUUGCAGUCAUGUUUGUUAGACUUGAUGCAGCAAAGACUGUUUGAAAAGGACACCAAAAGAAUGGCUAAAAAGAAGACCAGGGUUCAGAGUUAGAGUCGGAAGCCUCAAGCUUGAUUCACCAUUGUAAGAUAAGGAUUUAAAAUUUGUAGUUUCUAUUGCAUUUAAACAUAGGACACACAAAAAUUGAACUUCCUUUUCCCUGCCGCCUUCCUUGCUUCUCAUAUAAGAUUAUUAGACCU